AUGAGACAAAUCGUCGUCCUCAAAUCUCUUCACCAUCGUGUUACAAUGAAGCACGCGACGGUUACUGCUUGUGUAAUCGCCGGAAUUCUCCUCGGCGUGAUCAGCGAAGUCGGCGGGACUCAGAUUCUGUCGAAAUCAAAGCUCCAAAGUUGCGAGAAGACAUCCGAUUCAGGGAAUCUCAAUUGCUCGACUAAGAUCGUCUUGAAUCUCGCUGUACCCAGUGGAUCAAGCGGAGGAGAGGCUUCGAUUGUAGCGGAAAUCGUCGAGGUUGAAGAUAAUUCGAGUACCAAUAUGCAGACCGUACGGAUCCCUCCGGUGAUUACAGUGAAUAAAUCAGCAGCAUAUGCUCUCUAUGAUCUUACUUACGUUAGGGAUGUGCCUUAUAAACCUCAAGAGUACUAUGUCACGACUCGAAAGUGUGAGCCUGAUGCUGGACCAGAUAUUGUUCAAAUAUGCGAGAGGUUGCGAGAUGAGAAAGGUAACGUUUUGGAGCAGACUCAGCCAACAUGUUGUCCAUGUGGACCGCAGCGAAGAAUGCCUUCAUCGUGUGGAGAUAUUUUUGAGAAGAUGUUUAAAGGGAAGGCAAACACUGCGCAUUGCCUUCGUUUUCCAGGCGACUGGUUCCAUAUUUUCAGCAUUGGACAACGGACUCUAGGAUUUAGCAUCCGGGUGGAGUUGAAGACAGGGACUAGAGUCUCAGAAGUGAUCAUUGGUCCUGAAAACAGGACAGCUACUGCAAAUGACAAUUUCCUCAAGGUUAAUCUCAUAGGAGAUUUUGGUGGUUACACAAGUAUUCCUUCUUUUGAGGACUUCUAUCUUGCAAUCCCAAGAGAGGCAGCUGCAGAGGGACAACCAGGGAGUUUAGGUAGAAACUACUCAAUGUGGAUGCUUCUUGAGAGAGUGAGAUUUACAUUAGACGGCCUAGAAUGCAAUAAAAUCGGUGUUGGCUAUGAAGCUUUCAACACCCAACCAAACUUCUGCGGUUCACCUUAUUGGAGUUGCUUGCAUAAUCAACUAUGGAACUUCCGCGAGGCAGAUAUUAAUCGACUCGACCGACACCAAGUUCCUAUGUAUGGACUUGAAGGACGAUAUGAGAGGAUCAACCAACAACCAAACGCAGGGCCUCACUCGUUCUCCAUUGGAGUCACGGAAACACUCAACACUAACCUUAUGAUUGAGCUAAGAGCUGAUGAUAUUGAAUACGUUUUCCAGAGGAGCCCUGGUAAGAUCAUAAACAUCGCUAUACCGACAUUCGAAGCACUUACACAAUUUGGAGUUGCUGCAGUCACUAUCAAGAAUACGGGUGAAGUAGAAGCAUCUUAUAGCUUAACGUUUGAUUGCUCCAAAGGCGUGGCUUUCGUUGAGGAGCAAUUCCUUAUUAUAAAACCAAAUGCGGUUACAACUCAAUCUUUUAAGCUUUAUCCGACGAAAGAUCAGGCUGCGAAAUAUGUAUGCACAGCUAUACUAAAGGAUUCUCAGUUUAGUGAAGUAGACAGAGCCGAGUGUCAAUUCAGCACGACAGCUACGAUACUCGACAAUGGAACUCAGGUUACAAAUCCGUUUCAAAUCCCAGAGACUCGUCCUAAAGGUUUCUUUGAAUCGAUUAGGUUCAUGUGGACGAAACUCGUGAAUGGUUUUGUCGAUUUCAUCACCGGAGACACUUGCAGAAACAAGUGCUCGAGUUUCUUCGACUUCAGCUGCCACGUUCAAUACGUUUGCUUGAGCUGGUUGGUUAUGUUCGGUCUCCUCCUCGCUCUCUUCCCAACAGCUUGCGUCCUACUCUGGCUCUUGCACCAAAAAGGACUCUUUGAUCCGUUCUACGAUUGGUACGACGAUCAUUUUGACUCAGACCAUCACAGAUUAUUCCACGCCAGAGAAAACGCCGAAAACCGCCACCAUCAUCAUCGUCAUCCUCACCAUCACCAACUACGUCAUGGUGUCAAAACGCAUAAUCAACAUCGCAGAGCACACCAGAGACAACAACACAGACACCAUCAUAGUCAUGGUGGUGGGCAAGAAGACGACGCUUUGCAAAAGAUGCUUGGACGUGAUCACCACAACGAGUCGUCUCACUAUUACAACCAACUUCACAGAGUCCAUAAAGAUAGCAAGCAGAAGCAGCGUAGACGAGGAGGCAAGCACGGGAUCGUCGUCUUGCCACGUGAUGUCCACGUGGAUAGACGGAGGAGAGAUAGGAGGCUAGAGAGUUAA